AUGGGCGCUGGCCGUCACGUGUUCCGCGGGGCGGAUGCGCGCGCGCGUUGCGUGAGCCGGUUGGGCAACUGCGCUGCUCAGGUAUCUGGCGUUUCGCAGUCGCGCAACGUGCUCUUGUGUUUAGCGCGAAUUGUUUGCGGCGGCGCCGGCGGCGCGCCCGAGCCUCCUGACAGGUCGUGUGCCGGUGCUGCUAUUCUUCCAGCUGUUCCUAACCACUCCCCCGUUCGCAUGCCGACGCCUUCCGUAAAGAAAGCCGCUGGGCUGUGCGCUGGUAAUCGCCGCGAGAAGCAGCGCGGCGGCAUGUCGGAGGGGAAAGAGGAGUUGUGGCGGCUUAGAUUAGGAGAAGCAAUCGCGGACAAGCCCGGGGCGGCUCCCGGGAUCCUGUUCAACCUUGUACUGAUUGCGCGAAGAUGGGCGAUGAUGUAG